AUGGCUGAGGAGCUCUCCAUGCACCAGGCCAUUAGCACUCUGCUGAACAGCCAGGGGGAGGGGGCACUCGAGUGCCUGUGCUGUCUGUUGUCCACCAUUGGCAGCAAGCUGGAUUGUGGUCAAGCCAAGUACCAUAUGGAUAAAUACUUCCAUCAAAUCGAGCAGAUCUUGAAGAAUGGCAAGAAGACAGCCAGAAUCCGUUUCAUGCUUCAAGACAUAACGGACCUGAGACAGAAUAAUUGGGCCCCAAGGAGUGCUGACCAGGGCCCCAAAACCAUCAGCCAGGUCCAUAAAGAUGCAGAGCUUGAGACCCAGCAGGAGAGAUCCAAGGUGCAGCAGCAGAUCAAAACAAAAAACCUGGACCAACAUGGCUACCGUAGAGAACUUCAGAACUGGGGUAGAGAACAAUACUGGAACCACGGGGAACGGCAGGCCCAUCAAGCAGAGGAGCGUUGGGGCCGUGCGGAACGUAGAGGAGGAGCAGAGCGUAGGAGAUGUGGGGAGCCACAACCUACUUGGAACCAUGGCGGCCGCCAGCAGGACGAGGGCAUAAACACAGCACCUGCAUCUGAACAAACCGCGCCUAUCAACACUAGCCAGGGCCCCAAAACCAUCAGCCAGGUCCAUAAAGAUGCGGAGGUUCAGACCCAGCAAGAGAGUUCCAAGGUGGAGCAGCAGCUCCAAGCCAAGGUGAACAGCUCUGAGCGCCAGGGCUAUAGACAAGACCGACGGAAUGGGAUCACGGCCACAGUGGACAGCAAGGAUGGUGGCGCCGGGGGGCGUGGAACGAAAAGGAACAGCGCGGGAGCCGCAGGGAACACAGGGACCAUGGAGGAGAGGAACGUAGGGACCAUGGAGGAGAGGAAUGUUGGCGCCGCGUAG